GCUCGCUGUUGGAGAUGGAGAAACGACACAGCUCCUCUUCGAGGAACCGUGACGAGGAUGAGCUAAUUCGCGCCGCACGGCGCCAGCUUCGCCGUCACAAGUCCCACAGACUGUCGACCGUGCAGAAGGGGGCGCUGGCAGACCGAGUGCUGAGCUCGCGGCGUGGCGACGCCCCCUUUGCCACGCGGCUGGGCACUCUGCUGCGUCUGGGGAGGGACUCACGCCCGCUGGCGGCCGUCACUGUUGAGUACCACAACCUCACGAUCGAGGCCGAUGCUCUGGUGGGCAGCGCCGGCAACCCCUCAAUGCUGCAGUCCAGCUUGUCGCUGCUGCGCCUGGCCACCUGCCAGCGCCCGCCCACCGCGCCCCACACCAUCCUGGACAACGUCAGCGGAGUGCUCAGGCCAGGGCGCUGCACGCUGCUGCUGGGGCCGCCCAGCAGCGGCAAGUCGGUGCUGCUGCAGGCGCUCAGCGGCCGGCUGCGCCCGCACCGCGGGCUGCGGAUCAGCGGUACCAUCCAGUACAACGGCCUGCCGCUGGACGCCUUCCAGCCACGUCGUACCGCGGGCCUCGUACAACAGCAGGACAGCCACAUCCCAGAGCUCAACGUGCAGGAGACUGUGGACUUUGCCUUCAAGUGCCACGUGGGGCCAGCUCAGCGGGAGGAAGCCUACACCCGCCUGGAGGCCGCCCGGUGCAAGAUGCAAGGGCUGCGGCGGCAGCUGAGCACGGGAGACGCGGGGCUGGCGGCGGCGGAGGCCGGCGGCGGCGGGCAGGGGCAGGAGGUCGACUGCGCGGCUGGGGCCCCCGCAAAUGGACAUGCCGCGGGCGACGGCGCCACCCGCUCGCCUGCCAGCCCGCCAGACAGCCCAGAGGGGCACCGAACGCCUGAGGCGCCGGCGGCGGGGAGCCCUGGCUGGCGCAGCCCCGCCCCCAGCACUGCGGAUGCUGAGGAGGAGUUUGCUGAUACCAUGCAGGAGGUGGUGGGGCACCGCCUGAUGCCGUACCUCGUCCUGCGCAUCAUGGGGCUCUCGCACGCGGCGCAGACGCUCGUGGGCUCCUCGGAGGCGCGCGGCAUUUCUGGCGGGGAGCGCAAGCGGCUGACGACGGCGGAGAUUGUGGUGGGGCAGCAGCCGGUGGUCUUCAUGGACGAGAUUUCCACGGGCCUGGACUCCGCCACCGCCUACUCGGUCAUCAGGACCUUCAGGCGCGGCACGCCUGGUGCCAGCUGGCGCCUGCUGGCACAGCGUGCCGCGGACGUGUCCCAUGCCCUGGACCGCACCUGCCUCAUCUCCCUGCUGCAGCCCGCCCCCGAGGUCAUCCAGCUGUUUGACGACCUUCUGCUGCUGACUGACAGCCGCGUCAUCUACCACGGCCCGGUCGGGGGCGUGCUGCCGCACUUUGAGGCACGGCUCGGCUUUGUGUGCCCCGCCCGGAAGGACCCCGGAAGCUUCCUGCAGGCAAGGGCCGCGCCGCGCCGCGCUGAGGUGACCACCCCUGCCGGCCAGUGGCUGUACGCGGCCCCCGCCCUGCUGAAACUGUACGGCCUGACAGAGGCGGAUAGGGAGCCUGCCGCACUGCUGGCGGCGCCGCCCACACAGCUGCUGAUGCCUGUGGCGGAGAUGGAGCGGGUGUUCUGGCGGGACACGCCGCCUGGCCUGGCCAUCCUGCGCCAGCUGGAGGAGGACCCUUUCCAGCCCACCGACGCCUCGUCCAGGGCGCUGCAGUUCUCGCCGUAUGGCAACAGCUGGAGGGUGCUGGUGCGGCUGGUGGUGCUGCGCCAGUUCCUGCUCAACCUGCGCAUGAAGACCUUCUACAUCGCCCGCGUGGUCCAGACCAUACUCAUCGGCCUGAUCAGCGCCUCGCUGUUUGCCACCAUCCAGCCGACGCCCGAGGAUGGACGCAACGCUGUGGCCCUCCUUGUGCUGUCUGCCAUCUUCCUCUCCAUGAGCUCCGCGCCCCAGCUGGCAUUCACCCAGGUCUCCAAGCCCACCUUUUACAAGCAGAGGGACAACCAGCUAUUCCCCAGCUGGUCCUUCAGCCUGGCCCAGGUCAUCUGCCAGCUGCCGCAGUCCACCGUGGAAUCCAUCGUCUUUGCCCUGGUCGUGUACUUUAUUGCCGGGCUCACCCGCUCUGCCAGCUGCUUCUUCACUUUCCUCCUCAUCGCCUGGUCCUCAAGCAACUGCCUGGCCGCCCUGUUCCGCCUCAUCGGCUACUCUGCCAAGAACAUGGCUCUGGCCAACAGCUCCGCCAUGCUCUGCCUGCUGCUCAUGAUCAUCACCAACGGCUUCAGCAUCGUCUAUCCCGCCAUACCACCCUACAUGAUUUGGAUCUACUGGAUCAACCCCAUGGCCUGGGCCAUCCGGGCGCUGGUGAUUAAUGAGUUGACGGCGCCACGCUGGCAGGUUGAGGUGGUGCCCGGCGUCACCGUGGGUGACACGAUCAUGGAGCCCUUUGGCUUCCCUCCCAGCCAGGCGUACGUGUGGGGCGGCGUUGGCUUCCUAUGGGGCAGUGUGGCGCUGUACGCGGCGGCGGCGGCGGUGGCGCUGCGCAUCACACACCCGCCGCAGCCGCAGCCCACGGUGCCUGAGGCUGAGGGGCGGGAGGAGACCUCCAAGAACAUCUUCGCCCGCCUGCAGCGCCAGCUGCGCGGCCAGGUGGUGCUCCCCCUCAACACCUCCCUGCGCCGCAUCCUCGUGGUGGCUCCGCAAGAGCGCUCCGGCGCCCCCUCGACCAAGGGAGACGAGGAGGCGCCGCCUCCGCCGUCCAACGGCGGCGUGGCGGCGGGUGCAGCAGCCCUGGCGGCAGCCACGCAGUGCCGGCAGCCGGGGGCAGCUGCGGCUGUAGCUACCAAGCCACAUGAGAAGGUGGUGGUUGCCUUCACUCCCAUCACAUUGGUCUGCCGAGAGCUAAGGUACUACGUGACUGACCCCAGCCACGGCGAGGCGGCGGGUGUGGUGCGGGACAGCGGCGACCGCGAGAUCGCCGGCAAGCUGGAACUCCUGAAGGGUGAGGUCUCCAGAGGGGGCAGCUUGCGAGGCUGGCAGGAGGCGAAACGCUGCCUCCACUCGGUGCCCUGCCGAGUAUGGCCUACCCGCCUGCUUGUCGCUGACUCCAGCUCUCGGGGAGAAACUGACAACUUCUGGUGGCUUGCAAGCCCUGCAGGCAUAUCCUUCUAUGCCCGCCCCGGGGAGCUUACGGCGCUAAUGGGGGGCUCGGGAGCGGGGAAGACAACCCUAAUGGACUGCGUGCUGGGGAGGAAGACAGUGGGGCUGAUGCGAGGCGACAUCCUGGUCAACGGCUACCCCAAGCGCCAGGAUACCUGGUCCCGCGUCUGCGGCUAUGUUGAGCAGCAGGACCUCCACUCCGGCCGGUCCACCGUGGCAGAGUCGCUGAUGUUCAGUGCGCGGCUGCGGCUGCCGGGAGAGAUCCCGCUGGAUAAGGUUUCUCAGCUGGUGGAGGAGACUCUGGAGAUGACUGAGCUCACCCGCCUGCGGCACAGCAUUGUGGGCGAGGGCGAUGGCGGGCAGGGGCUGAGCAUGGAGCAGCGCAAGCGGCUGUCCAUAGCGGUGGAGCUGGUGGCGGCGCCAGCGGUGAUGUUCCUGGACGAGCCCACCAGCGGGCUGGACGCUCGGGCGGCGGCCAUCGUGGUGCGUGCCAUCCAGAAUGUGGCGCGCAGCCACCGCACCGUCAUGGUCACAAUACAUCAGAUGGGGUGCGGGGCUGUGCAUCCCUCCACCGAAAUAUUUGAGUCCUUCGACCAGCUGCUGCUGAUGCAGCUGGGCGGGCGCCUCACCUACUUUGGGCCGCUGGGCUUCGAGUCGCGGCAGCUGAUUGCGUACCUGGAGGGGCAGCCGGGGGUGACCCCCAUCCGGCCAGGCUACAACCCCGCCACCUGGUGGGGCUGCAGGCGUCCUGGCUGCUACCCAUGUAGCCACAUCCAGCAACGCGCCGCACUUUUCAGCGCAAGGAUGCCGAGCCCGGCCCUACACGCACACAACCAGACACUGUUGACGGGAGGUAUUUACAAAGGCAGCAAGAGUAGUAAAUUCGCACUAGAGGCGGCGUUAAAUAGAUCUGGGGUGGAGGAGCAUAUUCCCGGCAUAUACUUGGGAUAUUCCUGA